CUCUCCCUAAAUGAUACACAAACCGCCAAUUCCCGCGCAAUCUGUUGUGUAGGAACGGUAGGAACGCUUUGAGAGUAAUUAGUGAGAAUCAAAAAUUUUGAAAGUGAAAAAGUGAAAAUUAAUUAUCAAAAAUGGACACCGAUCAGAGGAUCAAGGACAUGGAGCGGGAGUACCUGGAUUUUCUGGAUGAUGGGGAAGAUCAAGGAAUUUACCUGAACCUGGUGAAGAAUAUGAUCGAGGAGAACAAAUACAGAUUGUACGUUAAUAUCAAUGAUUUGAGGAGGAAAAAUCCGACGAGAGCUAAUAGCCUCCUGACAAAUUCUUUCGAGGAAUCCAUGGCCUUCCAGAACGCUUUGAAGCAAUUCGUAUCGACUGUUGACACUGACUACAGCAAAGGAAAUCCGGAUUUUUUUAUUGGAUUCGAGGGGAGCUUUGGAAAUCGUCAUGUCACACCCAGAACACUCACUUCGAGGUAUCUGGGGAACUUGGUUUGUGUAGAGGGAAUUGUUACCAAGUGUUCUCUCGUACGUCCAAAGAUUGUCCGGAGUGUUCACUAUUGUCCAACCACAAAAACUGUGAUGGAGAGGGCGUACACAGAUCUCACCUCGUUGGAGGCGUUCCCCGGUUCCGCAGUCUAUCCAACACAAGACGUGGACGGUAAUCCCUUGGAGACCGAAUUCGGUCUCUCGACAUACAAGGAUCACCAGACGUUGUCCAUUCAAGAGAUGCCAGAAAAGGCUCCAGCAGGUCAACUACCUCGCAGUGUUGAUAUAAUUUGUGACAAUGAUUUAGUUGAUCUUUGCAAGCCUGGGGAUCGAGUGCAGGUUGUUGGAAACUUCCGUUGUCUCCCAGGCAAGCAGAACGGCUACACAAACGGUACCUUCCGCACUGUCCUGAUCGCCAACAGCAUCACACAACUCUCAAAAGAGGCGACUCUCUCAAUCUCGCACGAGGACGUAGCUACGUGCAAGAAGCUCGCAAAGACCAAUCCCCGAAAGAACAUAUUCGAGCUCCUCGGGCAGUCACUCGCACCUUCAAUCCAGGGUCACGAGUACAUAAAGAAAGCGAUUCUCUGCCUCCUUCUGGGAGGAGUCGAGAAGGUUCUGUCGAACGGCACUCGCCUCAGAGGUGACAUAAACAUUCUGCUGAUUGGCGAUCCAUCAGUCGCUAAAUCUCAGCUCCUACGUUACGUUCUGUGCACAGCACCACGUGCCAUUCCUACAACAGGUCGAGGCUCGUCUGGAGUCGGUCUGACAGCAGCUGUAACAGUCGAUCAAGAGACUGGGGAGCGUCGGCUGGAGGCUGGUGCUAUGGUCCUGGCAGAUCGAGGGGUCAUUUGCAUCGAUGAAUUCGAUAAAAUGUCGGACAUCGAUCGAACAGCCAUUCAUGAGGUGAUGGAACAGGGAAGAGUGACAAUCGCCAAGGCUGGCAUUCAUGCCAGUCUGAAUGCCAGGUGUUCAGUGUUGGCAGCUGCCAAUCCCGUCUAUGGACGUUACGAUCAGUACAAGACACCGAUGGAGAACAUUGGUCUUCAGGAUUCUCUUCUAUCUCGUUUCGAUUUGCUCUUCGUGAUGCUGGAUAUUGUUGACUCUGAUCAGGAUAAUAUUAUUGGUGAACACGUGGUGAGAAUGCACAGAUACAGAAAACCUACUGAACAGGAUGGUGAAGCUCUUCCUCUGAACAGCAAAGCUGAUAUGCUGAGUACAAGGGAUGUGGACGCUGAGGAGACUGACAAGGAGGAUAAUUCAGUUUAUGAGAAGUAUGAUCCACUGCUUCAUGGCAAUUCCAGGGCUAAGACAGAUCAGAUACUCAGUGUAAAGUUUAUGAGGAAGUAUAUUCAUAUUGCUAGGUGUAUGAAACCGAAACUCACAGAGGAAGCUGGAAAGGCCAUUGCUACUGAGUACUCCAGGCUUAGGUCGGAGGAAACAGCACAGGUAGAUGAAGCGAGGACUCAACCAGUGACAGCCAGAACCCUGGAGACCCUUAUUCGAUUGUCCACAGCCCAUGCCAAGGCUAGAUUAUCAAAAUCAGUCACUCUUGAUGACGCGAAUGCUGCUAUUGAGUUGAUGCAAUUUGCAUUGUUCAAAAAAGUUCUCGAGAAGGAAAAGAAGAACAAGAGGCGGAGGCUGGAGAGCGAGGCCAGCUCGGCAGACGAGAGUCAUGACGAACCCAGGAAGAAGAAGAGGUCGAGGAGGGGGAGUGUAUCUACUGGGGAUGAUCCAUAUGACUACAACAGUGAGGACGAUGACUCUCAUGUGGAUGAGGUGGUCAGGAAGGUCACCAGGUCGCAGACAAUUGCUGAAGAGACUGCCAGUGAACUCCAGGAGUCCAUGGACACUGACGAGGGAUCUCAGACCAUCACUGACGACCGGUUCAAGCUUUUUAGGACCUCCUUGCAUAAAUUGUUUCAACAACAGCGGGCUCAGGCACUCCCUGUGGAGAAGGUCAAGGACUAUUUGAAUAAGGAACACAGCCCUGAGUUCUCUGGUGGGGAGGUCAAAGCUGCCAUUCACAAGAUGACUGACGCCAAUCAGAUCAUGCUGGCAGACGAUCAAAUUUUCCUCAUUUAAGUUUAUCUUUGUAAUUUUUGCCAUGUUUUUCUCUAGUUAAUUAUGUGCUCGUAAUCAUUGAUAUUUUUUUACGUUUUUUCGAUGGAAUUCAGUAAAUAUGUUUGAAGACGAAAAA